UUCAACAGCCGGCUGGAGAAAGUCAGGGAGAGAAUGUCUGAGGAGAAGGUGGAUCUGAUGAUCUUAUCUAACAUGGAACAUAUCUUCUACCUCUCCAAUUACCAGACAGUCGGGGGAUGCGUGCAGGUGCUGCUGGUGACACAGGACGACAUCCACAUCGUCACAAGGGAACUGGAGGCUACGAACGCUGAGAUGCGAUCUCACGUGGCUUACUCGUUCUACGACGAGUCCCAGGACCCUAUAGACAUUAUUGCCAGUACAGUUAAAGGCAGGUACGGUAGUGACACUGCUACUAUAAUCGGACUUGAGUUCAACACAACUAGACUCGCUUACAACCAGGUCAACCAACUCCAGAAAGAACUGCUGAAGAUCUUCCCGCGCGCCACUUUCUCCGACAUCUCCCUCCAGGUAUCCAGACUGAGACUAGUAAAAUCCCCACUAGAGAUCUCCAAUGUAAAGCGAGCAGCGGGAAUAGUGCACGCGGGUCUCCAGGCCGGUAUUGGGACGGUGUGUGCAGGUAUGAUGGAGACGGAAGUGGGAGGGAAGGUGUUGGAGAAGAUGUGUAGAGAGGGGUGUGAGUACACGGCGUACCCUGUCUUCUUGUGCAGCGGGGAGACUGGCUGUAUGGGCCAUUACACUCCCACUCAGAUGCUGGUGCAGGAACAUGACAUUGUGUUCUUUGAGAUAGGAGGUUGCUUUAAGAGGUACCAUGCAGCCAGAAUGUACAGUGUUUAUGUGGGAGAUGAAGUUCCGGAGUGGUUCACUGCAGCUGAGAAGCUGAUCAGGAAGGCAGUGAGUGUGGGGCGGCAGAUGAUGAAACCAGGGGUAGCAGCUAAAGAAGUAGAUGCAGCUAUGAGAGACAUUAUAUCUCACUACCCCUACCCUCACAAGCAGUCGGAGCGAGCGGGCUACUCUAUAGGGAUAGGGUUCUACACUGACUGGAGCAACUCUCAGUUCUUCAUCCACCCUACUUCAGAGGAACUGUUCCAGGAAAACAUGACUAUUCAUCUCAUACCCUGGAUACAGUUACCAGGAAAAGGAGCAGUCGGGUUCUCUGAUACUGUAUUAGUGACCAGUCAGGGGGGUGAGUCACUCUUUGAGGGGCACUUCUACAAGAGGGGGGACAAGUGGGUUUAGUGUACCCGCCACGAGUAUUUGAGUAUCGUUUGAAACUUAAUUUCAGUUUUA